UUGAUUGUUCUACCCCUGUUCCCACUCUCCCUACCCUCCCCGUAAUCUGUGACCACCGGGACUUCUAAAAUGCCACAUCAGCUUGUGCUGAUGUCGACGGAACAGGACACCGGGGCACUGCCACGACGCAGUGCCAGGCUCGCAGUUCGUAGCCGUUCUGUGGUACCUCCAGGGUUUAAGUAUCAGCAACAGCGACUCAGCAGGCGGACGACUUCAGCGGCAUCAAGUACAGCUACGGCAGUACCAGUUACCACCGGGGCUUUUCCUGCAUGUCCGGUCCAAGGGGCCAGUGAGCCGUUGUCUGUUUAUCUUCAGCGGCUACAGGCAUUUACGGAUGCCGUAGCCACCACUAAGGCACAUCAGGAGGCAGCAGAGGCAGAACGUCAGCGGCUGGCCAAUGAGGCGGCAGCCCAAACUCAGCGGACUGCUGAGGCUGACGCAGCGGCACGAGACAGACGGAAUGCCGCCAGCACGGAGUCCCUGAUUCAAAGUGAGAAUCAGUGGACAACGCUACUCCAAGGCAUGUUCUUUGUGCCUACGGACGCGCAGGCGGACCCAACACCGUCGGAGGCAGAGAGAAGUAACCUGGCUAACUUGAUGUUGAGCGUGAUGAGGGCCGUAAUGUGGAACAACAAAUUGCUGCAGGCACACCUGCUCACGGAACGACAACACAGACAGAAGCAGCAGCAAGACACUGUCGCUUUAACAGUUGUCGUCCGCACCGCAGCAACACAGCAGCAGCAACAACAUCAGCUGUUGAACUCCGCUCUCGUACGCAUCAACAGCAUUGAGGCUAAAGCCUCAGCAGCGCCAGGCUGCACGACCGACACAGCGAAACAGCUCAACGAGCGCAUCGACCAUGUCGUCGGUGUAAUCGGCGAACUAGGGGAUUUCACUAGUCCGGCCACGAUCAGCAGCACGGUGGCCGCCAUCAAGACGGACAUCACCAAAUUGCAGUCGCAACCGGCAGCAGCUGCGAAGCCGGUGUCUUUUGACAUCCUCGACACCAAGUUCGACAUGAUUCUAGGCAUGUUUUGGUUGCGUAGCGCCGAUCAUCCGGUGAACUUCCAUGACCGGACCGUUCACAUUCGUGAUCGGAACGGAGUGUUAGUCUUAUGUACGGUCGCGACCCCUCACACUUCGAUUGCUUGCCACGUGGUUUCCGUUGCGAGAAUUCGCGACGCCAUAGCUCGGAAUGACGUCGAGGAGAUGGACGUUGUAUUUUUGCAUGCUCUCCCCUCGCCGGACGGACCAGCCGCAUCACCGCCGGACCCACGCAUUUUUCACCUCUUGGACGAGUAUAGAGAUGUCUUCGAGGCUCCCACCGGAACGGUUCCGGACCGGCCCAUACGUCACAGGAUCACUCUCGAGGCUGGUGCCGUCCCUCCGCAUGGAUGGCUCUACCGCAUGAGCGAAGAGGAACUCGAGGUGCUUCGCGCACAACUCAAUGACCUUCUCGACAAGGGCUGGAUUCGCCCUAGUUGUUCGCCUUACGGUGCCCUUGUUCUCUUCGUCCGGAAGAAGAACAAAAAUCUACGGUUAUGCAUCGAUUAUCGCAGACUUAACGCACAAACCGUAAAGAACGUCGGCCCUCUCCCUCGGAUUGAUGAUCUCCUCGAGCGAAUAGGCGGUGCGACGUACUUCUCGAAGUUGGACUUGAAGUCGGGUUACCACCAAAUUGAAAUCCAGCCUCAAGAUCGGUGCAAAACCGCGUGGGUUGUCAUGCCAUUUGGUCUCACCAAUUACCCCGCGACUUUCCAAGCAGCUAUGACGACUGAGUUUCGCGACUUGCUCGAUCGCAGUGUCCUCAUCUACAUCGAUGACAUCUUGGUUUAUAGUAGGACGUUGGACGAGCACAUCGUACACCUUCGCGCUGUUUUGGAUCGUUUGCGACUGGCCAAGUACAAAGUGAACCUCGACAAGUGCGAGUUCGCCAAGUAGGAGCUUGAGUACUUGGGUCAUUAUGUCACGCCGAAAUGCGUUCGUCCCUUAGCGGACAAGAUCCAAGCCAUCG